AUGAGAAUUAGCGCUGCCGCCCUUUUCUGCGCCUUUGCGAGUCCGGCCAUGGCCAAUCCUCUCGACUGGCUCGGAAUCGCCUCCUGGGACGUGGAGGGUUUUGCCAAAGACAACCCAAUCGGCAAGACAACCGGGGGCAAGGGUGGUCCGACAGUGACUGUCACGAGCGUCCCAGAGCUCCAGUCCGCCGUCGUCGGCAGCGACCCGAAGAUCAUCGUCCUCAAGGGCGAGUUCGCUUUGCCAGCACGUCUCAGCAUUGGCUCCAACAAGAGCCUCGUCGGCUACAAAGACCAGGCGCACAUCACCGGCAAGGGCCUCAACGUCUAUAACGCGACCAACGUGAUCCUGCAGAACCUCAAGAUCAGCUACAUUUUGGACAAUGACUGCAUCACCAUCCGCAACUCUACCAGGGUCUGGGUUGACCACAACGAGUUCGCGUCGGACAUAUCGCGAGGUCCCGAUCUCUACGAUGGCCAGGUCGACAUCAUCCGUGCUUCAGACUGGAUCACUGUGUCCUGGAACUACUUCCACGACCACUGGAAGUCAUCCCUCGUGGGAAACGACGCCACAUUCCGCGACCUCGACUUCGGCCACCUUCACGUCAGCUACCACCACAACUACUGGAAGAACAUGGGCACUCGCGGCCCCGCCGGUCGUUUUGGCACGCAACACAUCUACAACAACCUGUACGAGGACUUCCUCUACCAGGCCAUCCACUCCCGCUCCGACAACCAGGUUCUUGUCGAGGGCAACGUGUUCCGGGGGAAGACGCAUGAGGCGCUCAGCACGUAUGGCCUCGUCAUUCCGGACGAUUCCCCAAAUACCUGCGUCUGCGGUGACGAGGAACUGGACGGGUUCGCCAAUCUCGGUUCUCCCAACGACUGGGGCAAUGCCGGUGUCAAUAUCACCCAAGAGGGGACCUUCUUCAAGUCACCUUACAUGUUCAAGCUUACGCCUCUACCCCUUCUGGCAGCAAUCAUUAAGCUCGGCGCUGGAGUUGGUCGUAUUUAG